GCGGAAGUACCGCUGUGAUCCGUGUGGGGAUGCCGCUGGGCGCCGCCAUGGCGGCGGUGGCGCUGCCGCCUGUGGCGCGGUGGUAGUGAUGGCAGUGACGGCAAUGAUGGCAGUGACGGCAAUGAUGGCAGUGACGGCAGUGAUGGCAGUGGUGGCGAUGGCGCUGCCGGUGGCGCGGUGGCUGUGGUGGCAGUGAUGGCGCUGCCGGUGGCGGAGUGGCGCGGCCGCACCGCCCGGCUCUGGGCCGCGCUGGACUCGGCGCUGAGGGAGCGGCUGGCGGCGGCUUCGCUUCACGACGCGGUGCGGUUGGGUUGCGAUCUGCUCCGGACCAAGGAGGAGGAGGAGGCAGCCCUGGUGCAGCUGUGCCACCGGGCAGCCACGGACAAGAAGCCAGAGGCUGCGAGCCGGUACCGGGAGCAGGGCAACCAGGAAUUCAAGCAGGGCCACUACCAGGCUGCCCUGAGGCUCUACUCCAAGGCAGCAUCCCACGAGCUCCCCGGGAGCCCCGAGUUGUCCGUGUGCUUUGCCAACCGCUCGGCCGCCCUCCUCCACCUGGGACACUUUGAGGUUUGUUUGGAAGAUAUUGCCAGGGCUGAAAGCCAUGGCUAUCCAGACAGGCUGCUGCCCAAGGUCCUGCUGCGGAAAGCUGAGUGUCUGCUGCGCCUGGGGAGGUUACAGGAUGCACAGGAGAGCCUCAGAGUGCUGGAGAGUAAAUUUGCUCUGGAUGGUGUCAUGACUACAAACCUGGCACGGCUAAAAAAGUUAAGUCAGCUGAAGGUUAAAUUAGGUGAGAAAGAGAGGUGUCCAGAGCCUGCACAAGAAGCACAUGGUGGCAUUCAAGGGGAGCCAGAAAUCUGGGAAGAGAACAACAGGAUUUCAGGUGCAUCUUCAUCCCUGAGCUUGGGUUUUGAUGCAGAGAGAGGACGUCACUUGCUGGCCUCCCAGGACAUCGUGCCAGGACAGAGCCUGGUGAAAGAGGAGGCCUUUGUGAGCGUGCUGUGCCCUGGGGAGAGCCUUCCUCUGCAGGAUGGUGACACAGCGUGGGACACUCGAGCCACCAACGCGGAUCUUUACUGCCACCGCUGCCUGAGGCAGCUCCUGGCCUCGGUGCCUUGCCAGGGCUGCAGUUAUGCCAAGUACUGCAGCCAGGACUGUGCAGACGUGGCAUGGCAGCAGUACCACAGGACAGAGUGUUCCCUGGGAGCGCUGCUCCUCACGCUGGGAGUCUUCUGCCACGUGGCCUUGAGGACUGUCCUGCUGGCAGGAUUUGCAGAGGUUAGCAGGCUGGUGGCGUGGUCCCACCGUGGGGACAAGAGCCUGCAGUGCCCUGAGGCAAGCUGCAAGCCUCUCGGUGAGGCAGCAGAUGCAGGAGCUGGUAGCAGAGGUGUCCCUGGUUGUGACAGCAGUGGUCAGUACCAGAGCUCUUACCAAGCUCUGUUCCACCUUUUACCCCACACUGAGCAGCACAGCCCUGAGCACAAGUUCCUCUGCUCGCUCAGUGUGGUAGCUAUAUGCAAACAGCUGCAAGCAGCUGGCCUGGAGGCUGCUGUGCUGAGUCAGGAAUCGCCUCAGCAGUGGUCCAAACCAAAGCCAUGUGAGAACACCUCAGGUGAAUUGUCCCCAGAGCUGAAGACUGUGGCAGAAGCAAUGCUGAGGCACGUGUUGCAGCUGCAGUGUAAUGCACAAGCGAUCACUGUAAUGCAGGAGUUGGGGCCUGGAGAUGGGGAUGUUGUAGAUAAGAAGCCUGUGAGGCUGGCAACAGCCUUCUUCCCUGUCCUCAGCCUCCUGAACCACUCAUGCUGCCCCAAUACCAGCGUGUCAUUCAGUGGGACAGCUGCCACUGUCAGGGCAUCACAGCCAAUCUCAAGUGGCCAAGAGGUUUUGCAUUGCUAUGGGCCUCACUGGUGUAGGAUGAGGGUUGCUGAGAGGCAGCAGCUUCUCAGCCAGUAUUUCUUCAAUUGUCGCUGCCCGGCGUGCCUCGAGGAGUUAGAGUCUGGUGUCAAGAGUGUGGUGUCCAUUAGAAAUUCAUUCUGCUGUCCCAAAUGCCAGGCCCAAAUGCAGGGGGAAGAAGACACUCUUUGCUGUUCAAAUGAAGCUUGUGCAACCUCAGCCAGCAGAGAUCACUUGUCUGGCCGUUUACAGGACCUCCAGCAACAAAUCAAGAAAGGUUUAGGCAUGCUGAGAGUCGGAAAGGCUGAUCAGGCUAUCAAAAUGCUCCUGAAGUGUCAGAUGGAUGCUGGAACCUUCUUGUCUCCAGAGCAUUUACUGAUGGGAGAGAUGGAGGAUCAUCUGGCACAGGUGUAUGCUACUCUUGGGAAGUGGCAGGAAGCAGCCAGACACCUGAAGAAGAGUAUUGAGAUUGUGGAAAUGCACCAUGGGCCAUCAAGUGUAGAAACAGGCCAUGAACUUUUCAAGCUGGCACAAAUCCUCUUCAAUGGAUUUGCAGUUUCUGAAGCUCUGAGCACGAUUCAAAGAGCAGAGGGGAUUUUGUCAGUGCACUUUGGUCCUCAGAAUGCUCAGAUCCAGGAACUACAAGAGAUGAAGGCCUGCCUGUCAGAGCUUCCCAUAAACAUCCUUCAGAGGACUUAAUUUCCCUGUCAAAGGAAGCUGCAAUGUGAUCUUUCAUCAAAGCUAAGUGUCAUGUGGUAAGGUAGUCAUGUAGUACAAGCUGGAAAAUCAUGUGUAACAGCAACUUGAAUGAAGUCUUGAAAUGCUCUUUAGUGAGCCUGUUGUAAAUAAAAUGACCAAUUCUAACGUGA